GGCCGGGGGCGGGGAGGAGCCGAGGGGGUUCGGAGCGAGCUCGGCCGCCGGGUGGCUCCGGGCGUUCGGCGCUCCCUUCCUCGAGGCGGCGGUGGCCGGGGUGGGCGCCGGGAGUGGGAAGCGACGGCGCGGCUUGAAAAUGCCGGUGCAUUCCCGGGGGGAUAAGAAGGAGACGAACCAUCACGAUGAGAUGGAGGUGGACUACGCCGAGAACGAAGGGAGUAGCUCCGAGGACGAGGACACCGAGAGCUCGUCAGUCUCGGAGGAUGGCGACAGCUCAGAAAUGGACGAUGAAGACUGUGAAAGAAGAAGAAUGGAAUGUUUAGAUGAAAUGUCCAAUCUUGAAAAACAAUUUACCGAUCUCAAAGAUCAACUUUAUAAAGAGCGAUUAAGUCAGGUGGAUGCAAAACUACAAGAAGUCAUAGCUGGGAAAGCACCAGAGUAUUUGGAACCACUGGCAACUCUACAAGAAAAUAUGCAAAUUCGUACAAAGGUGGCAGGAAUCUAUAGAGAGCUCUGCUUAGAAUCAGUAAAGAACAAAUAUGAAUGUGAAAUUCAAGCUUCUCGCCAGCAUUGUGAGAGUGAGAAGCUUUUGUUAUAUGAUACAGUGCAGAGUGAGCUGGAGGAGAAGAUCCGAAGGCUGGAAGAGGACAGGCACAGCAUCGACAUUACCUCAGAGCUGUGGAAUGAUGAGCUGCAGUCAAGAAAGAAGAGGAAGGACCCGUUUAGUCCCGACAAGAAGAAGCCCGUUGUUGUCUCGGGCCCAUAUAUAGUGUAUAUGCUACAAGAUCUUGACAUUCUGGAAGACUGGACAACAAUCAGGAAGGCAAUGGCUACGCUGGGUCCACACAGAGUGAAAACAGAACCCCCUGUGAAGCUGGAGAAGCAUCUGCACAGUGCCAGAUCUGAAGAAGGAAGACUGUAUUAUGAUGGCGAAUGGUAUAUACGCGGACAGACCAUAUGUAUUGAUAAAAAAGAUGAAUGUCCUACCAGUGCCAUAAUUACAACAAUUAACCAUGAUGAAGUUUGGUUUAAGAGGCCUGACGGAAGCAAAUCUAAGCUUUACAUUUCACAGCUACAGAAAGGAAAAUAUUCAAUUAAGCAUUCGUAAUCAUGAUUUAAGUGUUAUCUAAACCUACCUUAUUAGUGUUACAAAGUGUGAUGUGCCAUGGGAGUAAAAAUCUCUGUUCAAUAACUUCACAUUCUCAUUAUACCGAGGCAGAAUUUGUAUUUGUAGGCAGUACUUUAAGUAGACCUCAUAUCGACGUUAUUAGAAGAAACAGUAAUAAAAGGUUAAUCAUGAUCAUUGCAUUUGUUUGCUCUUAGGUCCCAUGAACAGUAUAGGUAGGGAUUUCUUUCUAAAUUCUUUUUUUAAAGGUUAUACAAAUAUGUCUUAUCUUUAGUGCACUAUGAUUAUAAGUGUUCAAAUUUUUUCCAUAUCUUUGUCGUUCUUUGUAAAUAGGUGAUAAAAUGAUUCCUAUAAAUGUUUUGUAUUAGUAGAUUAGUGUUGAAUCACAAUUGAGAUUGAAACAUAUAUAUGUGAGUCUGUACAUAUGGGAUCAUCAGCUUAUUUAGAACUGAUGGCCUUACGUUACAAUCUUGUUUUACCCAAAAUGGAACUCGUGGGUUUGAGAGCUGAAAGGAGCACUUUUGUAGCAUAGAGGCUUUCCUUUUCCUCUCCCUUGAGUGUGUGGUCGUUACCUGCUUUUUACAAGUUGUACUUCAUUAGUAAAGUCAGUG